CCUAAGACUGUUAGGUUGGACUAUUAAUAAUGAAACUGUCUUUGAUACAAUAAUGAUAUCAAAUGGAGACAUUAGCACUGAUGAGAUACAGAGGAGGUGUGACGAAAAGAAGAUAAACAUACGUCACUAUGGAGACGGAACUUACGGUGUUUCACUGGAUGAGACUGUCAUUGGUAGUGAUUUAAUUGACUUACUGUAUGUGUUUGGAGCUAAUGAAGAAGAGGCUGCCAGUGUCCUGUACAGUGUAUCUGAUGCUGAUUCUAAUGUCAGUAUUACUGGUAGUGGCCACGAGAGGGAAACACCUUAUCUCACUCAUCCUGUCUUUAACAGUUAUCAUUCAGAGACUAAGUUGUUACGUUACAUGAAGGAGCUUGAGAACAGAGACCUCUCACUCUGUCACUCAAUGAUACCACUGGGUUCCUGUACUAUGAAACUCAACCCGACCAGUGCCCUACUCCCAGUCUCCCUACCUCAAUUCAACACCAUCCAUCCUUAUGUACCCAGUAACCAGACCACUGGAUACCAGAGUCUCAUUGAUGAGUUGGAGUCUCAUUUGUGUAGUAUCACUGGAUAUGAUAAGUUCUCCUUCCAGCCCAACAGUGGGGCCCAGGGGGAAUACGCUGGACUCUGUGCUAUACUGGCCUACCUGAGGGAUAAAGGGGAGGGGCAGAGAGAUAUAUGUCUGAUACCAGCCUCAGCUCAUGGUACUAACCCAGCCAGUGCUAUCAUGGCUGGUCUUAAAGUGGUUGAGAUACCAAUGAACAAAGAAGGAGAAGUGACUAAAGACUCUUUUAAACAAAAAAUAGAAGAAGCUGGUGAUAAGUUAGCCACCAUUAUGGUGACCUAUCCCUCCACUAGUGGUGUGUUUGAGGACUCCAUUAGAGAGGUCUGUGACAUGGUACACUAUUAUGGAGGACAGGUAUAUGUAGAUGGUGCUAACCUCAAUGCUCAGGUUGGGCUCUGUCGUCCUGGGGAUUAUGGAGGAGACGUGUCUCAUCUGAACCUUCACAAGACCUUCUGUAUACCUCAUGGAGGGGGUGGACCAGGAAUGGGACCUAUUGGAGUUAAGGCUCAUUUAGCUCCAUACCUACCUGGUCAUCCAGUAACUGGUCCUAAUCCGUUAAAGUCCUUUGGAACAGUAUCAUCAGCAGCCUGGGGCUCAGCCUCCAUCAUACCAGUCUCAUGGGCCUACAUACUAAUGAUGGGAAGCAAAGGACUAAAGAAAGCUUCUGAAAUAGCAAUAGUCAAUGCUAAUUACAUGGCAGCAAGACUAAAGGGACACUAUAAUAUCCUGUUCCGUGGAACUAAUGGAUUCAAUGCUCAUGAGUUUAUACUGGAUACCAGAUGCUUUAAGAACACUAGUGGUAUUGAAGCUAUUGACAUUGCUAAGAGAAUGCAGGACUAUGGGUUCCAUGCCCCUACUGUCUCCUGGCCAGUUAGUAAUACUCUGAUGAUUGAACCAACGGAGAGUGAGGGAAAGGCAGAACUGGAUCGAUACUGUGACGCACUAAUAUCUAUAAGACAGGAAAUCUCUGAAGUAGAAGAAGGAAAAUAUGACGUUAAAAACAAUGUACUAAAGAAUGCUCCUCAUCCCAUGUACUUGGUGACAGCCUCAAACUGGCCAUUCCCCUACUCAAGAGAGAAGGCUGCCUUUCCAGCUGAUUGGCUAAACCCAUACAAUAAAGUCUGGACUGGCAGUGCAAGGGCUAAUGAUGUUCACGGGGACAGGAACUUAGUUGCUACGCACAACCAAGAGCUAAAACCUCUCCGGUGAAUUGAAAAACUUUAGAAAAUUAAAAUAAUAAAAAAGAUUUUAUGAUUUUGCCUCAUUUAAAUGUCUUAAUACCUUCCUGCUGUCUUAAGAAUUCAACAAUUAAAUUUAUUAUUAAUAAUAUUUUCUCUUGUUCAAUUUGCUUUAAUUGUCUCUAAUGUCUAUAUUUGUAGUUGUUUAUAUUAUUUAUCAUCAUUGUUUAUUGUUGUUUGUUGUUGUUUAUUGUUGUUUGUUGUUUAUUGUUGUCACUGAUAUUUCUGAUACGUUUUAUGUA